CGGGAAAUCCUCAAGGUUGGGAUGGAUUUGGGAUGACGGCAUAAAAAUUUCCCUCCUGCUGCUCCGUUGGUGGGGAUUCUCGGCCGCCGCAUGAGCAGGUCCUGGCCGGGCCAUGGCCUGGCAGCCGGGGCUGCUCCUGCUGCUCCUGCUGCUGCCCGGCCGCGCUCCGGCCGCGCGGAGCCGCGACUUCACCGCCAAGGACAUCGUCUACCUCCACCCCUCCACCACGCCGUAUCCUCAUGGAUUUAAGUGUUUCACCUGCGAAAAGGCCUCAGAUAAUUACGAGUGCAACCGCUGGGCUCCGGAUGUUUACUGCCCCAGAGGGACGAGGUACUGCUUCAGCCAGCACAUGAUGAGGGCCAGCGGGGAGAGCGUCUCUGUCACCAAGCGCUGCGUGGCCCUCGAGGAGUGUCUGAGCACGGGCUGCACCUACCUCAGGCACGAGGAGUACAAGGUGUGCACGUCCUGCUGCGAGGGCAGCAUCUGCAACCUGCCGCUGCCGCGGAACGCCUCGGACGCCGUGUUCGCCACGCUGUCCCCGCUGAGCGCCGCGCCGCCGCUGCCCCGGCCCGGCCCGGCCGCGCCCAUCGGGCUCGGCCUGGCGCUGCUGGCACAGCGCUGCCUCGCGACAGCGGCGGGACAGUGA